AUGUCAGUUCGACAUGACUUUUUAUCAAAAUAUACAUCUGAAGUACCAACAUCAGAAGUUGCAUCAACCACUCUACCAACAGUUACCUCCCAAGAAACAUUUGAAACAACCGAACAGUCUAGAUCUUCUGAAGCAAGUAUUACCACAAUAGAAACAGUCACACAGGAAACAGAUUACCUUUCAUCCACUUUGGAUUCUGGUACUGGGAUAACACAAACAUUCACUAUUGAAACUGUUGCCUCUACUGAUUUGCCAACAACUCCUUUCUCAACAGAAUAUACAUCUGAAAUACCAACAUCAGAAGUUGCAUCGACCACUUUACAAACAGUUACCUCGGAAAGAACAUUUGAAACAACAGAACAGUCUAGAUCUUCUGAAGCAACUAUUACCACAAUAGAGACAGUCACACAGGAAACAGAUUACAUUUCAUCCACUUUGGAUUCUGGUACGGGGCUAACGCAAACAUCUGAACAUGCAACAUCCACUAUUGAAACUGAUGACUCUACUGAUUUGUCAACAGCUCCUUUCUCAACAGAAUAUACAUCCGAAAUACCAACAUCAGAAGUUGCAUCAACCACUCUACCAACAGUUACCUCCCAAGAAACAUUUGAAACAACCGAACAGUCUAGAUCUUUUGAAACAAGUAUUACCACAAUAGAAACAGGCACACAGGAAACAGAUUACCUUUCAUCCACUUUGGAUUCUGGUACUGGGAUAACACAAACAUCUGAAUAUGCAACAUCCACUAUUGAAACUGUUACCUCUACUGAUUUGCCAACAGCUCCUAUCUCAACAGAAUAUACAUCUGAAAUACCAACAUCAGAAGUUGCAUCGACCACUUUACCAACAGUUACCUCGGAAAAAACAUUUGAAACAACAGAACAGUCUAGAUCUUCUGAAGCAACUAUUACCACAAUAGAGACAGUCACACAGGAAACAGAUUACAUUUCAUCCACUUUGGAUUCUGGUACUGGGCUAACGCAAACAUCUGAACAUGCAACAUCCACUAUUGAAACUGUUGACUCUACUGAUUUGUCAACAGCUCCUUUCUCAACAGAAUAUACAUCUGAAAUACCAACAUCAGAAGUUGCAUCGACCACUUUACCAACAGUUACCUCGGAAAAAACAUUUGAAACAACCGAACAGUCUAGAUCUUCUGAAGCAAGUAUUACCACAAUAGAAACAGUCACACAGGAAACAGAUUACCUUUCAUCCACUUUGGAUUCUGGUACUGGGAUAACGCAAACAUCAGAAUAUGCAACAUCCACUAUUGAAACUGUUACCUCUACAGAUUUGCCAACAGCUCCUAUCUCAACAGAGACAGUCACACAGGAAACAGAUUACCUUUCAUCCACUUUGGAUUCUGGUACUGGGCUAACACAAACAUCUGAAUAUGCAACAUCCACUAUUGAAACUGUUACCUCUACUGAUUUGCCAACAGCUCCUUUCUCAACAGAAUAUACAUCUGAAAUACCAACAUCAGAAGUUGCAUCGACCACUUUACCAACAGUUACCUCGGAAAAAACAUUUGAAACAACAGAACAGUCUAGAUCUUCUGAAGCAACUAUUACCACAAUAGAGACAGUCACACAGGAAACAGAUUACAUUUCAUCCACUUUGGAUUCAGGUACUGGGCUAACGCAAACAUCUGAACAUGCAACAUCCACUAUUGAAACUGUUGACUCUACUGAUUUGUCAACAGCUCCUUUCUCAACAGAAACAUUUGAAACAACUGAACAGUCUAGAUCUUCUGAAGCAAGUAUUACCACAAUAGAAACAGUCACACAGGAAACAGAUUACCUUUCAUCCACUUUGGAUUCUGGUACUGGGAUAACGCAAACAUCUGAAUAUGCAACAUCCACUAUUGAAACUGUUGCCUCUACUGAUUUGCCAACAGCUCCUUUAUCAACAGAAUAUACAUCCGAAAUACCAAUAUCAGAAGUUGCAUCAAGCACUCUACCAACAGUUAACUCCCAAGAAACAUUUGAAACAACCGAACAGUUUAGAUCUUCUGAAGCAAGUAUUACCACAAUAGAAACAGUCACACAGGAAACAGAUUACCUUUCAUUCACUUUGGAUUCUGGUAGUGGGAUAACACAAACAUCUGAAUAUGCUACAACCACUAUUGAAACUGUUGCCUCUACUGAUUUGCCAACAGCUCCUUUCUCAACAGAGACAGUCACACAGGAAACAGAUUACCUUUCAUCCACUUUGGAUUCUGGUACUGGGCUAACACAAACAUCUGAAUAUGCAACAUCCACUAUUGAAACUGUUACCUCUACUGAUUUGCCAACAGCUCCUUUCUCAACAGAAUAUACAUCUGAAAUACCAACAUCAGAAGUUGCAUCGACCACUUUACCAACAGUUACCUCAGAAAAAACAUUUGAAACAACAGAACAGUCUAGAUCUUCUGAAGCAACUAUUACCGCUAUAGAGACAGUCACACAGGAAACAGAUUACAUUUCAUCCACUUUAGAUUCUGGUACUGGGCUAACGCAAACAUCUGAACAUGCAACAUCCACUAUUGAAACUGUUGACUCUACUGAUUUGUCAACAGCUCCUUUCUCAACAGAACAUACAUCUGAAAUACCAACAUCAGAAGUUGCAUCAACCACUCUACCAACAGUUACCUCCCAAGAAACAUUUGAAACAACUGAACAGUCUAGAUCUUCUGAAGCAAGUAUUACCACAAUAGAAACAGUCACACAGGAAACAGAUUACCGUUCAUCCACUUUGGAUUCUGGUACUGGGAUAACACAAACAUCUGAAUAUGCAACAUCCACUAUUGAAUCUGUUACCUCUACUGAUUUGCCAACUGCUCCUAUCUCAACAGAAUAUACAUCCGAAAUACCAAUAUCAGAAGUUGCAUCAAGCACUCUACCAACAGUUAACUCCCAAGAAACAUUUGAAACAACCGAACAGUCUAGAUCUUUUGAAGCAAGUAUUACCACAAUAGAAACAGUCACACAGGAAACAGAUUACCUUUCAUCCACUUUGGAUUCUGGUACUGGGCUAAUGCAAACAUCUGAAUAUGCAACAUCCACUAUUGAAACUGUUGCCUCUACUGAUUUGCCAACAGCUCCUUUCUCAACAG